CGUAGAUCUCUAUCAUGGAAUGUUACACACUAUCACGGCCGCCAGAUCACCCGACACACCGAUUUGUUGUCCCCUUUUUGGAUUUCCCUCUGAAUCAUUCAGCGGCCAGUUACAUGCCAGGGGAUGGCAUAAGAGCACUGUUUGAUUACGAGAAACUCAUAAAGCGCGAACAGCGCGGCAGCGGCGACACCGGUGAGUUGGAGAAGCGCCAGGAACCUCCGCGCGUCCUAGGCAGACCGCAGACGGCAGUCGUCCACUACCUGAGCCAGUACACCGUGAGGCGGAGAUUCACGCUCCAGGAGCCGGCCCAGACCCCGGGCCAGGCCAGCCAUGCCCCCACCAAGAGAUCUAAGCCAGUCAAUGUGUGUCAGAUUCCGAAAAUAUUUACGCCGAAACAUCAGCGCAGGCCGAAAAGUAUUUCGUCAAGGAAAAAGCGAACCGCGCCGCGAAAUGACACGACAGAGACCGACUCCUCCAAGACCAGUAUUUCUAGUUCCAGUAGUAGUCACUCGAUCCGGGAUACAUACUCUAGAAUUUAUAGACGACAUAAAACAAAAACAGCGUCCGACGUUUCAAAAUUUUUAAAAACACAAAACACAUUUAGCAUCGCCGUUGACGGGAGAAGAACUAGUAAAGAUCUACGCGCAGCUGACAAGGAAGACAUGCUUAAAAAGCAUAACGUGUACCAGGACGAAACGAAAUCUUUGGAGAGAAGAAAACAUGACAACCCGAAGAAAACGAACCCGGUACUCCAUAACGGCUUGCCCCAACUCUGCAACAAAUCGCGCCAUUCUUCCGUUUCAUCCGGUUCCAGAACGGAUCAGACAACUUCCCAAGACGAGCCCCUCCCCAAGCUCCGGCUCAAACCCUCUGACACACUGACACCCCCGGAGGUUUCUAAAAACGCCGCGAAUAUUCUCGAAGCUCGUCGGCUGAAAAAGAUGACGAGAUACCUGCCGUCCAUGCUCGCUGACCUGAACAUCGACAAGCUGACCUCCAACACCACGCCCACCCACACCCCCAUUAGCUCGGAGAGGUUCAACUCCCUCACCGGGUUCCACCCCGAGCAGACCCUCAACAGCGAGAGUUUAUAUUUCUCCUGCUUCCCGCUUCUCAUCAGUGGCGGGAACGAGAACAAGCUGUUUAAAAAAUCGACGAAAAUCCGGCACGUGACCAACUUGGGGUUCAUGCCCACGCGGCAGGCAGACGCCGACAGGAAAGACGAGGUCAAGGUCGCGACUUCCAGGAGCGCCAGCACCCAAAACGCGCGGCCGCUGAAGGAGCAGAUCCUGGAGAAGUACCAAACGUCCGGUGCCACCGAUGACGAUCAGGCCGCCAUGCUGCAAAAUCUGCGUCGUGCUCUAGACGUGCCAGUGACGUCACUCCAGCAUAUUACCAAAGCGGCGGAAAAUUCUUUUCCGAAUGUGUGGCAGGGAAUUAUAAAAUAUAGAGCCGACCCUGAGCCCGACAGCCCACCACUGAGCUACGAAACUACGGAUGAGUCGAAAGCGGAAGUUGAAGUCACCGAAUCCACAACACAGACGUCCCGCCCCACAAGCGGAUACAACCUAAACUUUGGUAGCGGGGAGAAAAACGACCCGUGCCGACGGUUGAACGCGCGGACGGAAACGAGGCUGGCGGCACUGGAGUGUGACAACAAGAAAAAGAAGAAGCGGAACAAGAAACGGAACAAGAACGGCACGGAAAUCAUAUCAAAUGAGUUUCGAGAAAUCUUUUACCCACCGUACAGCCUGCAUCAUUUUCAGUCUGACGCCACCAACAAUGACGUCAACUACGAGCAUAUCUCAAUCGAGGUGAAGAAGAGAAACAAUUCCAAAGUUCAAUACGGUUACGUCUAUAUACCGGAACAAAUCGUGCUGGGAAAUUACCACCAAGACGCAGGGUCUGUUAUAAAAAAAAAUUCAGUUUUGCCGAGGGGAAUUUUCUUGACUGAAACCAUCCCAGACGAGAUCAGGCAGGAGUGUUCCCUUAAAGGGUACGAGCUGCUCCGCUGCCUCGUGCGCGGGAAAUCUCACGAACAUAGCCAGAUUUUUCUCGCCUCUAACAAUGGGAAUUCUACGUUUUCGCCGGUAGAGAUAACAGCUUUCCAACAGCCGUACAACAGCCUUGUCAGCAGCCUGUUUGCUGUCAGUGGGACGGGCUCGGCCAAAUACCGUAGCAGGAUGAAGCUGCUCGUUUUACCAGCACACAAGAACCUGGUGAUGCUGCUGCACAGAUUCUGCACGUCCAGCAUGGUCUACCAGGUGACGGAACACUUUCCCUGGCCGACCCUGAGUCACCUGAUUAGCUCCUCAAGCAAAGGCUGGGUGGGGCCCGUGAGGAGGGGAUUGGAGGAGGAGGCCCGGAGGAGUAUCUUCAAGCAGAUCUGUGAGGGCAUGGGCCAUCUGCAUAUGCUGGGCAUUGUGCAUGGAGACUUGAACUGUGGGAAUAUUCUAGUGACUGACAAACUACAGGUGAAACUUACAGGUUACGGCCCCUCGUGCCAGCGUAUCAUGAUGUCCUAUGAUCAGAUGAAGGGCAAGUUCCGGAUGCGCGCGGAACCGUAUGAUAUCUACACGCCCCCUGAGCUGUUGGGCCGAGGCGAGACUUGGACCCGUUCCUGCGACGUUUGGUCUAUGGGCAUUGUCCUGCUGGAGAUGACGAUGGGUGAAAUACCAUCCACCAUCAACGCCGCUGUGCGGUUAAGUGGGAGCAUUAAAAAAAUCGAGAGGAUCGGACUCGAAUCUUGUGGAUAUCAGUUGAGUAUCCUGAUUGACAAGAUCCUCCAGCCCCGACCCUCCCAGCGCCCCUCCGUCUGGUCCCUGUCCCACCACGCCUGGCUAUCAGACGGCACGGACCUGGCCAAAGAGCUGGGUCGGGAGACCAAGAAGGGCAUCAAGAGGAUAGACGGCUCCACUUUUCCAUUGCCCAAGAGGGUCCAGAACCUAGACAUGCCGACACCAGAUGCGUUCUACGCAUGUUCAGAAUCAGAUGGCGACCCAGUGGACGAGUACGGCAAUUUUUACCUGGAGGUCAACUCGUCAACAGAGCUGCGUCAUAACAUGGCGCGAAUGCUGGGCCCUGUAGACCAGAGGGAAUAUAGUCGGGUAGGCUGGAAGUUUUCUCAGAGAAAAUCUACGGGAUAUGAAACAGGAGAGCCGUUCCCUCCGAGUGGGCUGAUCACCAGUGUAGAUGGGUGUGUAGAUCAUACCGCGGGGGGAAAGAGUCCACGUGUAGAGGAUGCGGAGAAAUCUGGUGAAAAAAGUCCCGACAGGUUAUUUACAAGAAGAAAAGUCGGCAAAUGUUUUCUGUCGAAACUAGUUGACAGUUUUGACUGUCUUCAAUCCAGCAGUCCGGAAAGUGAUUCCAUCAAGUUGGCACCUCCUGAAAUCGACGACCCCCACGGUGAAUACACUAGGACGACACUCGCGCCGAAUACAAGUAACCACGUACCGGAUGUGCCGCACAGCUCAACCGACGUCACAACGACGACGGACGGAAAUGUGUAUUACAUUGAUCGGUUUGGAGAGAGCGUCUACGACCACCGGGGGGUCCAGUGCGAGUUCGUGCUGGAAGAUGACGAGCGCGCCCUGGAGGAAAUGGAGAAUCUCAUCAAGCGGGAGGAGACGAGCUUCUGGGGUCAGGACAGCCUUGACAUUGGGGAUGCAAGCGGGGAUGUGUUUGCUGCAUUGUGACGUCAGUAAUCUAACACGUUGUUUUUUCCCCCGAUGAAUACAACAAGAAUCCUGGUAAAUUCAUCAGAAGUCAUUGUGAAUUUUGUUUACGGUAACCUAGAUUAAUCCACUACGUUUUCAGAUGAAUCCACCACGAAUUCUAAUGAAUCUACUAAAUUUCCUGUUGAAUAGCGAAAUUCACUUCGGAUGAAUCCACCGUAAAUCCUUUAAAAAUGAAUCCUGAUGAAUCCUCCAUGAAACUUGUCAAAUCCCCAAGAAGCACGCCGAUGAAUUCACUCCCCGAACUGACGAACGACACAAUCACGUGACAAAAUGGCUGACUUUUGGUUGAUAUCCCCUGCCUAUGACUGACUGAAAAAAAUAUGUGAUAGACGAAAUAUUCAAAGCCUCCUAAAAUAUAUUUCUACAUACAUACACACAAAACCAAUCAUCAUCAUGGCAUGUAGUUUACCGCCAUAUUUAAUUUAUGUUCUAUCCAAACACGUGAUAUAUUUGUGUGAUUUAUUUGUGUUGUGAUCGUAAUAGUAAAAAUAAUGAAACAUUUCGUAAUAUACCCUCAUAAAAACCAUUAUACCCAUUUUAAAUA